AUGUUAGCAUUGAUUGCAAUGUUAGGUAUACGAACAUUUUAUUUUCAUCCAGUUGAUACGGCUAGUUUUCAAGUAUUAUAUGAUUGUAUUGUUUAUAAUACUGAUCAAUAUUAUCAAAUAAAUCCAUUAAUAAAUUUAUUCAUUUCGAUUCGUGUUUGGCUAGAUUCAUGGCUAGAAUUGGAUCAAGUUGUUCAAGAAUUAUUUGAAAAACAAAAUCAUAUGCGUAUGUUUUUAUAUGCAACCAUUAAAGGACGUUCACGUUGUUUAUUAUUGGUUAUGAUUGCUGAUUUAUUAACCUAUGGUUUUCAUAUUUUCUUAGCAAUUGCCUCUAUACCAUGUGCAAUAAUAAUAUUACCUGUAAUAUUUCAAUAUAAUAUGGUACAAAAUUCAUGGAUAUUCAAAUUUACAUUUAUUAUUGAAGUA